ACAUUAGCAAGUGUUCGGCUCCUUUCAGUUAACAAGAAGCAAAAGUUUUUUCUGCCCUGAAGCUGUCCCUAUUUUAUAUCCAAAUUUUCAGGAUAUGGAAACAAUUCUAAAAUGUGGAAUAUUGCAACAUAAAUACCUAUAGGAUUUAUCAUUACAGUGUUAAGUAAUAGUUGGAAUUCAAUAUGUGAUUAAAAAAACAAUAUCCAGAAUUCUGUAUAAAUCAGAAAUGACAUCAAGGAAUAUGCUGCCCAAUCAAAACAGACCAUGUACUUCAGAGCUUUUAGAGCUGCAUGUAUUUUAUGUUCCAGAAGAAGUGUGGAAUUUCAAAUUAAAUACUGUUUCUGUAGAAGUUAUUAGCAAAUUCUUUUCAGCUGGAUUUAUAAGGGUGUCACCUCAUAUGACAUUGAAAACAUUGAGAGAAAACUUUGGAGAGUACCUAGGUGAAGAUGCAGUUAUAGAUAAGUAUGUCUUUCUAAAAUGCAUUGGAGAGAAACUUGUGGUGGUGAAAGGAAAACAAGAGAUGGAACUGAAGCUGAAAUCAUUUGCUCCUCCAUAUGCCUUACAUCCAGAACUUUAUUUGUUACCAGGAACAGAAAGUAUUUAUUCAUCUUUGUCAUCCACUCCAGAGAAACACCAUAAUAAUCCAGAAUAUCUGCUUACAUCUGCAUCAUAUGAAAGACCACAUAGUUUAAUUUCUCCAAAUCCUGAUAUUUAUCCAAACUCAACAAUGUUGGAUAGCUCCUUCAAAAAUAAUCUCAGUCAAACUCUGGAAAAAUCUGAUUUUGGUGAGUGGAAUGAAAAGGAAACUCUUCCAGUUCUACAUAAAAAGCAAAGCUCUGAGCAAGAAAAGAAUGAAAGUAUUCAAAGAAAAAAUAGCUCACAACAAAGGAAAGGAAAAAUCAGUUGUAACAUCAACAAAACAGAAUCUGCUCCAUCAUCAAAACAGCACCCUGUAAAGAAAUCGGCACCAGUGAAAAUGUAUCAGAAAAAGACUGAUUUUUCAACCCGAGAAAGGCAUAAUAUUCCAGGAAAGGAUGAAAAAUAUAGAAAGACAGUUGCAUCUCCAAAGAUGGAUCAGAGCUAUGAAAAGGAGGAAAACAACCAGUUUCCACUAAGUCACACCUCACAAAAAACAAAAGAAGAGGUUUCUCUCAUGUUGGAUACAAAUACAGAAAAUGGAGGGAAUUUGACAGGGAUUGGAAAGGAAAGGCAUACUACUACUGCUGAUUCUAGAAUCCCCAAAUCCUUGGAAGACAGAGACAUAAUAUACUCACCCAAGAAGAGGAGCCAACAACAUCCUGGAAUUACCAAGACUGCUGCUCACUCUGGUAAUGUGCAGAAUAAUCAGGCUGAUGGGAAUAACCUAAACGACUCUGCAUAUUCUAGUCACUAUCUUCCCCCUCCUACUCCACCUCUUCUGGCUGUCUCAGUAAAUAGAGCUCAACUUCCUCACAAAGAUUUUCCAACAGAAGGCAAUCAAUUACAUAAACAACUGCAACAUAUUAAGACAGAAAGAAGACAUCUGGAAAACACCAGAGAGGAACUAAUCAAAAAAGUAAAAAACCUGAUUGAACGGCACAAGCUCAGGAGAUGCCAUGUCCGUGAUUCCUGGAAAAAAAAAUAUUUUGAAAUGAAGAAAGCCACAGUUUUCUCAGAGGAAGCUUUAAAUAAAUUACAGGAAAAUUUAGAACUACACCAUCAAAAAUUACUGAGGCAGCUGGAAGCUAGAGAUAUCAAUAAAAAACGAAAUAAUUUAACACAAACCACCAAUUCAAAGAAUAAUAUAAUAAUCCAGAUUACAACUCUGGAGCGGGAAAUUGACCAGCUAAAGAGAAAGUUAGACAAUGCCAAAAUGAAGCUUGUCAUAGAAAUCAAGAUGAAAAAACAAGCAACUUCUGAUUUACAAGCGCUGAAGGCAGAACUGGUGCAUAAGAAGAUUCAGUCAUCUUUAAGAUUUUUGUCUGGAAAGCCAAUAUUUUAGUUAACCUUUUCAAUAAAAUUCUUCAGUCUGUAGCUACUCAAAAAUCUAAUUUUGAUUAAAUUUUAGUUAAACAUAACAAAGCUUGUAUGCAGUGAAAAACUAUUCAUUGCUAAAUUGGUUCUAUUGCUGAUGUGGCAAUAGCAUUGCAAACCAGCAAUAACAAGCUUGGAGGGAAGAACCAAGUUGCAUCCAUUGCAACAGCAUUGUUGAUGGACGGAGAAAGCCUCACUAUUACAUAUCUGGAAAGAUUACAUCCUGAGGAAUGGUGAAGAAAUGCUUAGAUUGAUUUCAAGCCCUUAUCCUCCAUUGUAUAUCAUUUCUUGGGGUAGAAUGACUUUUGUCUAUUUAACUGAAUAAUUUGCUAUAACUAUAGCACACCUAGGUUGGGAAGAACAAUAUCUAAAGAUAGAAUUAUUAGUCAAUUCUUUUUCUCAUUGCAAAUCUAAGGUUUUGCAAAUAAAUAGUUUUGUUUACAAUUCCUCCAUCAUUUCAGGUUUUUUGCUUUUUUUCUGUAAACCACAUUCAUUUGAUAACUGUUAAUUGUGAUGUAUGCCAAUACACUUUUAUUACUGUACAAAAACCAGUAACUAUAUACAGUAAACGUGUGUUUUCAGUUUUGGUUCCUGGUAUAGCUAUAUCAACAAAUGUUAACCACGCAGAAUCUGUGAAUAUGGGAAGUUUACCUGGGCAAACAGAACCAGUUUCUUUCCUGUUUUUUACUGACCUUUACAUAUAUGUUUGUGUAAGUUCUUGUUAUCCUGCAAAGUGGUAAGGGUGGGAUCAUGAACUUUUAAUAUAUGUAGCAAAAUUCUAUUUGGAUUCUUGAAAAGCCACAUUUAAUUUCCUCCCUCCAGAUUCAAUAUUGGUAUAGAGAAGAUUGAUUGCUUUGAUCUCAAAAUACAAAACAUUUUUUCUUUCUGUGUUCUCAAGCUUAAAGGCACUUUCAGGCAAACAAGACGUUAGUUUCCAGCUACUAUAAAAUGAAGCCAAAGAAAUGAAUGGUUUUUUUCUUAGU